AUGUUCCAGUAUAUUGUUUCGUUGCUCUGCAUUGUCUCAAUUCUUGCGGCGCCGGAUUACUCCUACCAUCCUGAUUAUGAAAGACAAAAAAUUGUCAUUCACAGAGUCGAAUGUACUGAUUCAACAUUCCGCUAUAAACCCUAUUACGAGACCAUCUUCACGGCCAGGAUGAAGACGUUCGGACUCUGGCCGACAUACUAUAACUGUGUGUAAGUUAAAAAUACUAUAUACAGGGUGGGCCAAAAAAAAUGGACAAAAUUAAAAGUUGGUGUAUCCCGGCACGAAUACCGUUAUCAAUGGAAAGAAAAAUAGUUUUUUAAUUGUCAACUAUCCUGCUUUAUCACAACUAUUUAAAUUUUUAUAUACUUUUUCUGAAUCGCUGAUACGAGCCAAAAUUUUAGGCCAGCCCAUAUUCUGACCACGUUUUCCAAAAAUUUUGUGGGUCCAAAGAUCUUUACCGACCUAAAUUUCUAUAACUAGCCGAAACCUGGGGGUUGACUGUUUAUGGACAUACCAAGGGGAACCCAGAGAAGCAAAAAAGUUGAUAAUGUUCGAUUAAUAGCACUCCCCCAGUUCGCAACGUGAUCCACAAGAGGUCCAUCUAGAUAAUUCUAAAUUUUUGAGAUCAUUGACAUUGAAGACUCGCAGGUGAGCCUGUUUCAUGCUAUUAAUAGCAAAAAGUGGUCUCUAUAAGACACCUGACAUUGCUUUACAUGAGCCAGCAGUUGAUUUGGUAAUAGCUUGCACUAGCCGUGCGCAACACUUAAAAAAGUUUAGCCGCCAAUACCCAGAGACGCUGAUAUUUUUGGCCAGAAAAUUUUUUCUUUUUUGUUGGCGUUCUUGAACGGUCCGCAUAACUAUAACGGGAUACUUAUAUAUCAGGGUUAUACGACCCCUUUCUUCCAUUUUAAGUCAGUUUCGUAAAAUGAGGAAGCAGCUAACCUUCAGAAUCCAAGUUUUAUUGCGAUGACCCAUCAAAAAGUCAAAAAAAUCGAUUUUUGCUUGCCAUCUUGCUCAUUGAGUUGUACUAUUGUCAAAAAUGCGUUUAGUAUAUUCAUCAUAGAGUAGUAAACACUGUAUGAGGGUAACCAGUGUCAAAAGGUUCACCACGUUUGGUAGAGCAUUGUUUUUCCGAAAGCGCCCAAAUGAAGGUCGAUUUUCCCUGGCCGAGUGUCUAACUUCUGGUCACUGGUUCUUCAUUUUCCGAAAAGCUUGGGUUAAGUCCUUUUAAAGCCUAAGGGGACAAGUCUCCUAGAUCUGCUUAGACCGCUUGGUAUGUCUUUACGGCCGCUCUAAAAAGUUUAGGAGCAAGAACUUUUAAAAUUUUGCUGCGGGAAUUGGCGCGCUGACCUGGUGACUUUCCUGCAACCGUAUGUUGGAAACUUUUGCAGAUAGAACAAAACUUCUACAGUAAAUAUGUUCCCUUAACACAGUAUUUUCAUGCCAUAUAUACCUUUUUUCACAAACUGUUUCAUGGCAGGAAAAAUCGAAGAAAAAUAAAUGUCCAUUUUUUUUGGCCCACCCUGUAGAUAAAAUUUUUCUUUUUGUCUUUGACUCUGUGGAAAUUACAGUUUUUUUAACAGGGGAAGUACUCCAAGUGCGACGCUCAGAUUUUGAUGAAACUUGGCACAAAUUUAGAAUAACUUUUUCCAUGAUAUAUGCGAGAAUCCUAGCUCGCGCUUUGCAGAAACAACCAAGAUUUUUAGAUCGAAAGUCGGCCAAAAUUUAGGACUUUUUGCCGAAUUUCGGCACGAAAAGUUUCAUGCCUAUUUCAACUGUAAAGGAUAACGUUUUUACAAAAAAUCUAAUUUUUCCGGACGAAACUGCCAAAGUUAUGGCCAAAAAACGUUUUUUCUCUCUGACCGCUCUCCACGUUUAGCGUGCUCUCUAGGCGGCAAAAAUCGUUCGAUAUCUCGGCGGCGCCCGCAAAGCGCGAGCUAAAACUUUCAGGAAUUGAUAUUUAGUCCAUACCCGACGUGUGGGCAAAAUUUAAAGACAAUCUGAGCGUAGCACUUGGAGUACUUCCCCUGUAAGUUCAGAACAAACCAAGGCUACAACACAACCGCCAUGUAUUCGACCAAGGACAAUUUCCCAUUUGAUGUUCAGUUGGUUUGCUUCGUGAAGAAGUCGGACUUUGGGACGUUUAGUAAUUCUUUGGAACUUCUGGUUGAGCACCAUUGCACGAGACCGAAUACAACCAAGCUUUCCAUCUUUGAGAUUCCAUUUGCUCAUGACUUUGAGUUCGGGAAGUCUCAGGUGAUCCCACGACUUCUGCUUCCUUGA